AUGGAUCUAGAAAAGGGAUCACAAGGAACUAUUGCUACUUGCGAUAAUCCUAAGCUAACUUCGAAUCGAGAAGAAGAGCCCAUCAAUGAAACGGACUCUAGCCAAGUUUACUUUCCUUUAGUGAAGGUCAUGACUACCUCGGAGUCGGAUAGACCGGGUUCUUUAUCCGAGGUCCCCUUUUUAUGGCCUUACUCGGUUAAUAACAACUAUCGUUGCAUCUAUAGAGUGCCAUGUCGGUUAAAGCGAGUGAACCCAGAGGCUUACACUCCUCAGAUGCUUCUAAUUGGUCCGUUUCACCAUUCUAAGAAAACUGAGCUUUCUAAAACCGAUUCGAGAUAUUUGGACUAUAUGAAGAUGGAGAAGCACAAGAAGAAGUACCUCGAAAAUAUUGAGCUUAGGUAUGGAAAUCAAACGGUCGAGGAGUUCAGAAGAAUCAUCAAAAGAGAUGAGGAAUUCAUAAGAGCAUGUUACGCAGAAUCAACGGAGUGGAUCAACUCUCACGACUUUGUUGAAAUGAUGCUCCAUGACUCGGUGUUUAUACUAGUGUUCUUCAAGUUGUACGGACCUCAGUACCUCGAAAAAACAGGAGAUUUUCUUUUCGACGAGCCUUGUCACCAAAAUACAAUCUUUGAAGACCUAAUCUUGCUUGAUAACCAACUUCCUUAUACCCUUUUAGAAAAUCUCUUCGAACCCUUUUACACAAAGCAUGAAGCUAACGUAACGUUCCGUAACAUGAUCCUUAAAGGUUUUAAUAUCCAAGAAAAGAUCAAAAGAGAAACGAAAUUCUUACAUUUCACGGAUUUGUGUCGGUGUGUCCGUGUCGAGACGCUUGGUCUGACGAAAGAAGAGGAGAUUAACGCAAAACUUGAGAAAAAGAAGCCGAUAAGGAGUCUUCGCAAUGCAGACGAGCUAGACAGUGCAGGAGUAGAAUUUGUAGUUUCUAAAGAAAAAUCAUCUUUGGUGAUUAAAUUUGAAGAUGGAAUCUUAACAUUGCCUUGCUUCAUGGUAGCGGAUUCCACAGAAAGGGUUUUUAGGAACAUGAUGGCACUCGAGCAAUGUCAUUACUCUAACACAGCCUAUGUUUGUAACUACAUCGACUUCUUGGACGGUCUCAUUGAAACCGAGAAAGACGUAGAGUUGCUCGUAAACCAAGGUGUUAUAGAGAACUGGUUAGGACAUCAAGAACCAGUAACGGAAAUGUUGAACAAGAUGUGUUUAGGUAUUGCUGAUUAUGGCUCUCACUAUUACGAUAUAACCGAAAGUAUCGCCAAACACUACGACAGUAGUCUCAACAGAUCUAUUGCCACACUCCGGCGAGUCUACUUCAAAGAUCUUUGGACCGGAACUGCCACUGUCGCCGCCAUCAUUAUUCUCGUGUUUACUUUGAUUGGGUCUGUUGCUUCCGUUCUUCAAGUGACAAAGAACGACAAUAAGUGGUUGCCACCUCCGGCUCCUCCCCGAAGACGAUAG